AUGGAGCGCUCGUGUAUGCAGUGUCAUCAGCGGAAGGUCCGCUGCAGCAAGACCCUCCCCUGCUCGGCCUGCACCCGCCUCGGUGUUCCGUGUCGCUAUCCCAGCGCCGACCUCCAUCGGCCCCGACGGGUGCAGAAGAUCACCAUCACCGACCGCGUCGCCCAGCUGGAACGCAGUCUGGCCGUUUUGGCGAGCAGUCCGAUGCCCCAGUCUCAAGCCUCGGCCCCUGAAGACCCCAAACGUGAUCCCUCGGCCGCCUAUCUGCCCGAUCCUCCGCCGUCGCCCAGUCGACGCCAAGAACUGCUGGUCCAGGACGGCGGCUCCACGCGCUACAUCAACGAGACCUUCUUGUCGCGCAUAUUGGAGAAGGAUAGCGGUCUGCAUAAGGCGAUCGGGACUCCGCGCGACUCGGCAGAGCCUGCGGUCGGCUUCAGACCGGAGGGGUUGUUGCUGUCGCGGUCGCGACGACCGUCCACGGAGGAGGAACAGUUGGAUCUGUCAAGAUGGCAAGCAGCGCAGUUGUGGCAGAUUUAUCGCACGAAUGUCGAUCCUGUCGUCAAGAUCCUGCAUUUGCCGACCGUGGAACCCCUGGUGUAUUCCACCAUGAACGACGGGGGGUCCGAAGAUCUCAAAGCCCUGCUAUACGCCAUCUACUUCGCAGCGGUGACGAGUCUGUCAGGGACGGAUGCGGCGAAUUUGCUAGGCAGGGACAAACGGUCGGCCUUGCUGGACUUUCAGUCGCGGAUUGAAACUGCGUUGGCCGAUUCCGCCUGUUUUGAUCUGCCGAGCAUCUUAUCUCUGCAGGCGCUAGCCAUCUACAUUACGUGCCUUCGAGCCCAUAGUACGAGCCGAUCCGGUUGGAUCAUCAACGGAGUCCUGAUUCGCUCGGCCCUCUCCAUUGGCAUUCACCGUGAUGGCACGCACUUCAACUUGUCCCCGCUAGAAGCCGAGAUGCGUCGUCGGUUGUGGUGGCAGAUCAUUAUGCUGGACCACCGCGCCGCCGAAGACCACGGUCUGGCCGUGCAUGGCUUCGGCAGUCGAGCCGACACCCACAUCCCCUUGCACAUCGACGACAGCGACAUCUCGGUCGAAACGCGCAUGAUGCCCAGCCCGCGCACGAGAUGGACCGAGAUGAGCGUGUUUCUACUGACCGCGGAGAUCGGCAUCGCCUUCCAGCAGCUCUUCCAUAAUACGGCGAGCCAACCGGUAGAGCCGGCGCAGCGACUACAGACGGUGCAUGAACUGACCUCGUACCUGGAAAACGCCUACCUGCGGCACUGUAAUAUCAAUAUUCCGAUUCAGAAGGCCGGGUGGCUGACUACGCGCUCCUUACUGGCGAAAUUUGAGUUCUUCGUGCACCAGGAGGGUCUUAAUAAUGAUCGGCCGCAGGAGUCGGUAUCCUCAACCGCCGAGCAGACCCUCACUUCGGCUUGCAAUUGUCUUGAGCUGAGCGUCGAGCUACAAACCGAUGAUCUGCUACGGGGGUUCCGCUGGCUUUUCGUCAGUUACAAUCAGUUCCAUUGCCUCACGUACAUACUAUGGCACCUGUGUGCGCAGCCCACGGGACCGAACGUCGUGCGCGCAUGGAAUAUUGUCGACGUCGUCUUCGACCUAACAGAAAAUGACGCCAGUCGUCCGGAUCCGGGACCCCUGUGGAAGGUUCUUAGACAUUUACGAGAGAAGGCGAGGCAGAGACGUCAGGAUGAAAACGCACCACCUCCAGUUCCGGAGAACUUACCGGAGGGACAACUCCCCGUAGAGAAGCGCGUCGAAGAGCGACCAAUGGAGCAGAUUGAGCCACCCCCGGAAGGCUUGGAGGACGUCUUGGCCCCGAACCUGGAUCCGAACUCUUUGUCUGAAUGGAUGGAUUUCUCCGAGAAUCUGGGAAUCUUCCGCUUUGAUCUGUAG